ACUAGUAAGCUCACACAAUGGCAGGAACUAAAUUAGUAGCCCUUGGUUUCGUUGUCCUAUUGAGCAUGGGAUUAGCCAAUGCUGUGAGGGUUGCUAGGUAUUCUAGUGCAGGAGGAACUGGUACGGGAGAGGGUGGUGGUGGAGGAUAUGUUAAUGGUGGUGGCUCAGGCUCUGGAAGUGGUACUGGGUCCGGUGAGAGUGGUGCAAAUGGUGCUCAUGCGAGUGCCGGAGGCGGAGGUGGAGGUGGUGGAAGUAGCUAUUAUGGUGGCUCUGGGCAUGGUGGUGGAUCUGGUUCAGGUUCAGGCUCUAGUCAAUAUAUUCAAGGGUCAUCCAACGGCUACGGUGGAUAUUCUAACGCUGGUGGAAAUGGAGGUGGUGGGGGAGGAGGACAAGCCGGAGGUUACUAUGGCUCUAGCGGCCAUGGUGCUGGUAGUGGCACUGGCUCUGGAUCUAGUGAAGCCACCACAUAUUGGUAUGGACCGGGUAAUGCAAACGCUAAUGCUAAUGGCAACGGUGGAGGCCAAGGGAACAGCCAAAAUGGUGGGAGUGGAGGCGGCAAUGGUGCUGGAUCUGGGUAUGGUAAUGCAAACCCCUAGAAGUUCUGUUGCAGAGAUGAUGGGCCCCAACCUAUGAUGUUUCUUGUUAUCUUGUUUAUCUCACAGAAUUUGUUUUAUUUUAUUUCACCCUUAUGCUAUGAAUGUAUUAGGUAGAGUUGAAUUAAAUAAAGGGCUCCAUCAUUGUACAACUAAAUGUUGUAACAUAUAAGCAGGCAUGCAGAUCAUACUGUUUGUUUGUGGUUGUUUAAAUUAUAUUACUCUUGCUCCAUUUUGUCUA